UGCUACUAGAGCAGCUGAUAUACUCUGUGCUUACACCUCACAAGCAGGGUUACCAGGUCAAUAUUUGAAAAAUCUGGCCAAUAAUCGAUUAAAAAUCUGGAAAAAUCUGGCAGACGAUAAUCUAACAAUCUUGGAUGGAGGGUGGAUCUGAAUUCGUUCAAAAAAAUAGAAUUCAGAUGGUUUAACUGAUUUUAUGUUUCAAAAAUUUUAAAUUUAUUUUUUUUAAAGAAAAACACUUUUUAAUUUAUUCGAUUUUGGCUUAAAUUCGUUCGUUUUAAUCAAGAAGUCUUUCAAAAUUGGCAUAAAGUGAAAAAUCUGGCAAAAUCUGUCAAUAUCUGGCACAGAAAAGGGCGAAUCUUUAUUCAGGCUGACACUUGAAAAUUCUGGCAUUCCCAGAUUUAUCUGGCAACCUGGCAACCCUGCGCGGCGGCUGCAGACGUUGGAGAGGAAGCUGGACAAGAACCCGGCGUUGAAGCAGAACGUCUGUCAACAGAUCGCCGAGUAACAGAGCAAGGGGUACGCGCACAAAGCAACGGCCGAGGAGCUCAAGACGCCCAGCAACGCCGUUUGGUAUCUGCCACUGAACGUCGUCCUGAACCCUCGGAAGCCGGACAAGACAAGACUGGUUUGGGACGCGGCGGCGUCGGUACGGGGUGUCUCGCUGAACUCACAGCUGCUCAAGGGACCGGACAUGUUGGUGCCAUUGCCACGAGUUGUGUGUCGUUUCCGGGAGAGAUCGCGCUGGGUGGGGACAUCCAAGAAAUGUACCAUCAGAUCAGGAUCAGAGAAGAGGACAAGCAAGCUCAACGCUUCCUGUUCCGCGAGAUCCCUGCCGACGCUCCGCAGGUGGACGUUGCAACUUUCGGGUCGGCUUGCUCCUCAAGUUCGGCUCAGUUCAUGAAGAACUUGAACGCGGACCAGUAUGCGGAGGAGUUCCCGGAGGCAGCGGCGGCAAUAAAGGAGCGACACUACGUGGACGAUUACUACGACACGGUGGACACGGUCGAGGAAGCGAUUCGGCGGGCCAACGAGGUGAAGUUCAUCCACUCGAAAGGAGGUUUCAACAUCCGGAACUGGGUGUCGAACUCGAAGAAGGUGCUGGACGCGAUGGGAGAACGAAGCGUGAAGACAUCCGUGCACUUCAACCAGGAAAAGUCGGCAUUUUACGAGCGUGUACUCGGCAUAGUCUGGGAACCGGAUCAGGACGUGUUCUGCUUCGCGGUGGCCUCGAAGCCGGAGUUCCGUAACGUCCUGGUGGGAGAGCGACGUCCGACCAAGCGGAUCGUGCUAAGUGUGGUCAUGGCGCAAUUCGGUCCAGUGGGAUUCCUCGGACCGAUCACCAUUCUCGGGAAGAUCCUGGUGCAAGAUCUGUGGCGCACGGGGUGCGAGUGGGACGAAAUGAUCGACGAGUUGGCUUUCCAGAGGUGGCUGCGUUGGAUCAACAUUUUGGGGGACGCGAAGCACUUCAAACUACCAAGGUGCUACUUCGGGAACGCGCGGUGGGAUGAGAUUGAGGAGAUUCAGCUGCAAAUCUUCGCGGAUGCGAGCGACAAGGCAUACGGAUGCGUGGCGUACUUCCGGGCGAUUUUCCGGGGCGAAGUGGUGGUGGCGCUGGUGAUGAGUAGGUCCAAGGUGGCGCCGCUGAAAAUGCUGUCCAUCCCGCGUCUGGAGCUGGAGUCGUGCGUACUUGCGGCGCGCAUGUCCCAGGCGAUUCACGACAACCACAGUUUCCCGAUCAGCAAGACUUUUUUCUGAACUGAUUCGGCGGUCGUCCUGUCGUGGAUCCGCGGAGUGGUCGAAGAGCCGAUCGUGUCCGGCGACGGGAGGAUUCGCCAAGCAUGGGUGCGAACCAGCAGCGGGCUGGUGAAGCGCGUGGCAGCGAGGCUGGCCGUGCUGGAGAUCGAAGGUAAACCUGCUUCAGAAGCCUCGGAACCUGGUUUACGGGCCGAGGAAUGUUGAGGCCGCUCACUGCCGCGACGGGGUCGACACCAUGCUGCUGCGUGGGAACGAACGGCGCGACGGCAUCUCACGCGAGUGAGACGUGAGGAAAAAGGGAGUAAACAGUGAUAAAACACACGAGAAAAAGGGCGACGAAUCAAAACAAAGUCACAAUCAAAAUUUACGAGCACAACUGGUCAGGGAAAAAGGAACGUGGAGUGAUUUGGAUAAUUAGGAGGAAUAACGGGAAUAACGGGAGGUAGACGGACACAAACAAGUAAGGAAUACGGCGGGACAGAGUUUCCUCGAACAAGACAGGACAGGGCGCAGGUUAUCUACCCAAGUAACCAUCCAGCACUAAUUAAAGUCAUUAAUCAGCAGGAUACUGGCACUUCAAUUGCAAAUUAGUCACACAACAGCAUUUGUUAAUGCAAAUCAGCACUAGUUCAACUGCACAGUCAAUAGCUGUUAUAAUGCUGAUUUAGAGCUACGCUUAGCAACACUUCCAAGAUUAUUCAUCAAACUGGCAACACGAUUCAGAUUUUGAGUGAAGAGUGAAAGAGAGAGUGAACAAAGGAAAACAAACUUCUCUUUCACUCGUCGUCUUGUCCGAAAUUUGGAAAUUAUCAGAAAUUAGCAAAGAGUUUUUCUUUUCUAAGUUUGAACUCGGUUUUUCAUUACUUUCCAAACUCUGCACCGUCACCAUGUGGAAGAUCAACUUGUCAACUGUUCUGGGCAAGCACCGUCCGGAUGAUCUACAGAGUACGAUGGCCCGUAGUCCCAUAGGAUGUCCGGAGCCUGCAAGGAAGUGCUCGAAGCUACCCACAAUGUCGGAUGCACGGCAAUGACGACAUGGAGAGCAAAGCGGUUAAUUUUAUUUGAUUUGCCGUCGGCAGGGAUUUUUGUUGUUCGCAUUCAAGACAUGUUUGUAGGAAGGAUUUGUGUUGAAAGUGGUUUAUUUUGUAUGUUGUGCAUACAUAUAAAUAUGUUUAAUUAAUAAAGGCAGUCAAUUGAUUUUGAUAAAUCUCAAAAAAAAAACUUUUCA